GGAAAAGGAGGGAGGGGGUGGGGAGGAGGGAAUCUUAUAUCACGUGACAGGGGCGGCGCUGCCCGGGGUGUCAGUGUGGAGGAGACUGAGGUAAAGUUGGGAGCGCAGCGGCGUUGGCGGCGGCGGCGGUGGCAGCGGCAGCGCGGCGGGGCCGGUAUUCUACCUUGUAAAUACUGUUAUUUGUAUAUACUGUAAAUGAUGACAUCGGUGGGCACUAACCGAGCCCGGGGAAACUGGGAACAACCUCAAAACCAAAACCAGACACAGCACAAGCAGCGGCCACAGGCCACUGCGGAACAAAUUCGACUUGCACAGAUGAUUUCGGACCAUAAUGAUGCUGACUUUGAGGAGAAGGUGAAACAAUUAAUUGAUAUUACAGGCAAGAACCAGGAUGAAUGUGUGAUUGCUUUACAUGACUGCAAUGGAGAUGUCAACAGAGCCAUCAAUGUUCUGCUGGAAGGAAACCCAGAUACGCAUUCCUGGGAGAUGGUUGGGAAGAAGAAGGGAGUCUCAGGACAGAAGGAUGGUGGCCAGACAGAAUCCAAUGAAGAAGGCAAAGAAAAUCGAGACCGGGACAGAGACUAUAGUCGGCGACGUGGCGGGCCACCAAGACGAGGGAGAGGUGCCAGCCGUGGACGAGAGUGUAUGCAUGGGGCUUUAUCAAAACCAGCUGUGGUUCGAGGUCAGGAAAAUGGAUUGGAUGGUACCAAGAGUGGAGGGCCUUCUGGAAGAGGCACAGAAAGAGGCAGAAGGGGCCGUGGCCGAGGCAGAGGUGGCUCUAGCAGGCGAGGAGGAAGGUUUUCUGCUCAAGGAAUGGGAACCUUUAACCCAGCUGAUUAUGCAGAACCAGCCAAUACUGAUGAUAACUAUGGCAAUAGUAGCGGCAAUACGUGGAACAACACUGGCCACUUUGAACCAGAUGAUGGGACGAGUGCAUGGAGGACCACAACAGAGGAGUGGGGGACUGAAGACUGGAAUGAAGAUCUUUCUGAGACCAAGAUCUUCACUGCCUCUAAUGUGUCUUCAGUGCCUCUGCCUACCGAGAAUGUGACAAUCACUGCUGGCCAGAGAAUUGACCUUGCUGUUUUGUUGGGGAAGACACCAUCUUCAAUGGAGAAUGAUUCAUCUAAUCUGGAUCCAUCUCAGGCUCCUUCUCUGGCCCAGCCACUGGUGUUCAGUAACUCGAAGCAGAGUGCCAUAUCACAGCCUGCUUCGGGGAACACAUUUUCUCAUCACAGUAUGGUGAGCAUGUUAGGGAAAGGAUUUGGUGAUGUCAGUGAAUCUAAAGGCAGCAGCAGCACCACUGGCUCCCAGUUCUUGGAGCAGUUCAAGACUGCGCAAGCCCUGGCUCAGCUGGCAGCUCAGCAUUCUCAAUCUGGAAGCACCACCACCUCCUCUUGGGACAUGGGCUCGACAACACAGUCCCCAUCACUGGUGCAGUAUGAUUUGAAGAACCCAAGUGAUUCAGCCGUGCACAGCCCCUUUACAAAGCGUCAGGCUUUCACCUCAUCUUCAACCAUGAUGGAGGUGUUCCUUCAGGAGAAGCCACCUGCAGUGGCUACUUCCACAGCUGCACCUCCACCCCCCUCUUCUCCUCUGCCAAGCAAAUCCACCUCAGCUCCACAGAUGUCACCUGGAUCUUCAGACAACCAAUCCUCUAGCCCUCAGCCGGCUCAGCAGAAACUGAAACAGCAGAAGAAAAAAGCCUCCUUGACUUCUAAGGUACUUGAACUCUUAGAUAGCUAUUAUCUUAGCAGUCUGCUCUAUUUUGUUUUCUCUGACAUUUUCCUUCUUUUCAUUCCCCACAGUGAAUCAUCAUCUACAAUUUCAUCUAACCAGAGUCAAGAGUCUGGUUAUCAGAGUGGCCCAAUUCAGUCAACAACUUAUACCUCCCAAAACAAUGCUCAGGGCCCUCUUUAUGAACAGAGAUCCACACAGACACGGCGAUACCCUGGUUCCAUCUCUUCAUCCCCCCAAAAGGACCUGACUCAGGCAAAGAAUGGCUUCAGUUCUGUGCAGGCCACGCAGCUACAGACCACACAGUCUGUUGAAGGUGCUACAGGCUCUGCAGUGAAAUCUGACUCACCUUCCACUUCUAGCAUCACCCCCCUCAAUGAAACGGUAUCUGCAGCCUCCUUGUUGACGACAACUAAUCAGCAUUCAGCCUCCUUGGGUGGCUUGAGCCACAGUGAGGAGAUUCCAAAUACCACCACACCACAUAGCAGCACGUUAUCUACGCAGCAGAAUACCCUUUCAUCAUCAACAUCUUCUGGGCGCACUUCAACAUCCACUCUUUUGCACACAAGUGUGGAAAGUGAGGCGAAUCUCCAUUCUUCCUCCAGCACUUUCUCCACCACAUCCAGCACAGUCUCUGCACCUCCCCCAGUGGUCAGUGUCUCCUCCAGUCUUAAUAGUGGCAGUAGCUUGGGUCUCAGCCUGGGCAGCAACUCCACCGUCACAGCCUCAACUCGAAGCUCAGUUGCUACAACUUCAGGAAAAGCUCCUCCCAACCUCCCUCCUGGGGUCCCGCCAUUGUUGCCUAAUCCAUACAUUAUGGCUCCAGGGCUGUUACAUGCCUAUCCGCCACAAGUAUAUGGUUAUGAUGACUUGCAGAUGCUUCAGACAAGAUUUCCAUUGGAUUACUACAGCAUCCCAUUUCCCACACCCACCACUCCGCUGACAGGGAGGGAUGGUAGCCUGGCCAGCAACCCUUAUUCUGGUGACCUCACAAAAUUCGGCCGUGGGGAUGCCUCCUCCCCAGCCCCAGCUACAACCUUGGCCCAACCCCAACAGAACCAGACGCAGACUCACCACACCACGCAGCAGACAUUCCUGAACCCGGCGCUGCCUCCUGGCUACAGUUACACCAGCCUGCCAUACUACACAGGGGUCCCGGGCCUCCCCAGCACCUUCCAGUAUGGGCCUGCUGUGUUCCCUGUGGCUCCUACCUCUUCAAAGCAGCAUGGUGUGAAUGUAAGCGUGAAUGCAUCGGCCACCCCUUUCCAACAGCCGAGUGGAUACGGGUCCCAUGGGUACAACACUGGUGUAUCAGUCACCUCCAGUAACACAGGCGUGCCAGAUAUCUCGGGUUCUGUGUACUCCAAAACCCAGCAGUCCUUUGAGAAACAAGGUUUUCAUUCCGGUACUCCUGCUGCCUCCUUCAACUUGCCUUCAGCCCUAGGAAGUGGGGGGCCCAUCAAUCCAGCCACAGCUGCUGCCUACCCACCUGCCCCCUUUAUGCACAUUUUGACCCCCCAUCAGCAGCCGCACUCCCAGAUCCUUCACCAUCAUCUGCAGCAAGAUGGCCAGCUACCAUAUUUGCAGAUGAUUCUCUGUUGCCAGCGCCAGCAGGAGGAACAGACGGGCAGUGGGCAGCGUAGCCAGACCAGCUCCAUCCCUCAGAAGCCCCAGACCAACAAGUCUGCCUAUAACAGCUACAGCUGGGGGGCCAACUGAGGCCCUGACCCUCAUCUCUGGUCGCAUCUUCUGUGAGGGCUUCUCAGCCUGGAAACCAUGGAAACAGCAUCAAAGAGAGAAGGGAAUGUGGGGGGAUUCCGCUACCCUCCACCCCCAGCAACCCACCCCAUGCCUCAGCUUCAUGUCUGUCCCAUUCCCAUGCCACCCCCACCCUGUUGUAUGUAUUAUAGGAUUUGUAUUUUCUCCUUCCUUCUUUCCUUCUUCCUCCUCCUCCUCUUCCUCCCCACCUCCUUGCAUUCAAGAUUAUGAAACUUUGCUGUGGGCCCUGCCCUUCCUUCACUUCCUCCUGUUCACCCUGGUGGUAUAUGGGUGAGGUGGGGAGGGGGGACCCCCAAAUAUAUAUCAGCCCAACAGCCCUAAGUCUCCUCCUUUAUUAUUAGGAAAACAAAACAACAAAAAAUGGCGUCAUAUGAACAGCAUUGUCAGAUGAAUUAGUUGAAGUGUUCUUUUUUUUUGUACUGUGUCCUCAGAUUUAAUGGAUUAAUGUGUCUUGUAUAUAUAAAAAGAAAACCUCUACCUUCAGCCUCGGCCCAUUCUUGUUCCAUCUGGGAUACUGUGUCUCAUACCAACAGGGCCUCUAGGCUGCCUUAGAAGGCAGUGGAAUAAAAUGAAAUGUUCACCCU